GGGGGGGGAUGUUGCCCUGGCGGCGGAGCAAGUUUGUGCUGGUGGAAAAGGAUGGGAAGUGUCAAGGGAAGAAGAGCCUGGGGUUGAGCUACGCGGCGUUCCUGGCCGGGUUCCUGCGCUCCUGCCCGGCUCUCCUCCCCGCCUGUCCCCUGGAACGCUUGGGGAGCGUUUUCCGAGGCAAAAGGCAAAAAGUGGAAGUGACGAAGGAAGCCCCGAGCUACACGGUGAGGUACCUGGGCAACGCCGUCACCCUGCGGGCCAAGGGAGAGGGCUGCACGGAGGAGGCGGUGGGGAAGAUCUGGGCCAAGAGCGACGGCGGGGCCGGCGGGGCCAAGAUGAAGCUGACUCUGGGACCCCAAGGCAUCCGUAUGACCCCCUGCGAGAAGGGGGCCCGCCGGCCCGGCCAUGCCUACCUCCUGCACCGCAUCACCUACUGCGCCGCCGACCGUCGGCACCCCAAGAUCUUCAGCUGGGUCUACAGGCACCAGGUGAAGAACAAGGCGGUGGUGCUGCGCUGCCACGCCGUCCUGCUCUCCAGAGCCGACAAGGCCCGGGCCAUGGCUCUGCUGCUGUACCAGACCUCGGCCUCUGCUUUCGACGAGUUCAAACGCCUCAAGAGACAGAGCGAUUCCCGUCACGUCCAGCAGCAGCUCCUGGGGGAGGCCGCCGUGCCCCUCGAGCCCCUGCGCCGCCUGCUCAACGCCCCGCGGCCCUACCGCCCGCCCGCCGAGAGGGCCCGCGCGGCCCCCCGCCUCAGCUCCAUCCUGGAGGAGGAGGAGGAGGACGAGGAGGAAGAAGACGAGGCCUUCCACACCACCAGCUCCCCCCAGGAGGACGGGGGGCCCAGCGUGCUGAGGCUGGCCAGGGAGAUGGGGGGGUGCAGCCUGCGUGGCCCCCCGCUUGCCCACCGCCCCCCGGGCGCCCGCCUUGCACCCCGAGUUGGGAGCCUCCCGGGGGACAAAGCUGGAUGAGGCCGGCACCCCUGGAAGGGGGUGGGUUGGCACCCCCACGG